CACAGACACUCUCUGGGCCUUUUUCGCGUGGGCUGCUGAAAAAUGCUGUGCAUGCGCAUGCCGACCUGAAGGAGGGAGGUGAAUUCUUGGAGUCGAAAGUCCUUUUCCUGGAAGAAAGUCGACCAGUCGCGCCUUCUUCCCUCCAUCCGAGAGUACGAAGACUCCGAACGACGACCUCCGUAGCUCUUCGCCGUUCGGUUCUCUCUCCCAGGCUCCGUCCGCGGCCAGGCUCUCACUCCGUGACAGCCUCUCGUGAGGGAGAAAGGAGAAAGAGAGAAAGGAAAAAUAAGAUAAAAGGGGAAAGGGGGGAGAAGAAGGAAAGGAAAAGGGACGAAAGGCAGAAAGAGGCUCUGUUGCAUAGCACACUCGGUAUAAAUAUCGGAGAGUCUCAGGCUUGUUUCUUGCUUUCUUCGCUGCAACCAUUUCUCUUGUCGACUCCGGCGUCCUGCGUCUCCCUGUCUCCUGGUGCGUCGUCCCUUCUCCACGGACGCAUCGAGAGAACGAACCUUUUUCUUAGUCGACUGUCCCUCAGUGCUUUCUUUUCCUCGCAAAAAUCCGCUCGCUCCUCGUCGUUCGCUCGUCCUUGGUCUUCUUUCUUCACCUUCUCCCUUCCCUGUGCCGGCCUUCUUCCUCUCCUUCCUCUCUCCGUCUCGCCUUCGUCUCCUUCCUCUUCUGGCUUCUCCCUUCGCGCUUUUUCUGGGUCCUUCCUGUCUUCCGAGAUGGCGUCUCCUUUCGUCCUCUUCCCUCCUUCCUUCUUCCUUCCGCGCCUGCGCGACUUCCAGCCCACUGAGGGAGACUCAAGCGUCUCCUGUCCCCCUCAAGUCUUGUGUUCUCUCUGCACCGCUCAGCGCCGCGUAGAGGCCGCAGGUCGCGCGUUUCUGGAACGAUUCGAGCGGCCGUCUAGGAAGGCAGGCGCUGGAGUCUCUCCUGGACGCGCGAAAGACAAAGACGCCAAACGGGGAGACGAGAGCGACGAGGACUUCUCCGCUGUCGACGAAGAGAGAUGGAAAAGUAAACGCAAGGGAAAGACAGCAGGAUCCGGAGGCGGAGGCGCCUGCUUCGCCAGCAGUACACGUCUGAAACGACUGCUGGGCGAGGCGCAGACGCUGUACGAGGUUCUGGGAGUCCACGAGGGAACGACCACAGAGGAGAUCAAGAAGCAGUACAGGCGACUUGUCCUCGAACAUCACCCUGACAAGGCUGUGACGCGCCGGAGUCCGGGAAGCUCCGAGGAAGGCGCGUCUGGCCGCAGCUCUCCCCACAGCGCAAAGGAGAAGCGAGAGGAACUCACCGAUGGACAGGCGACGUCAGAAGCAUCUGCCGACGCUGGACAUGCCCGCUUCCUCAAAAUCCAAGAAGCCUACGAAGCUCUCACAGACACCGAGUUUCGCCGGCAGUACGACUCUGCGCUGCCGUUCGAUGAUUCAAUCCCCUCCGCCUCCGCCGCGAAGACUCCGGAAGACUUCUUUGCCGCUUUCGGUCCUGUCUUCCAGAGCAAUGCUAGGUGGUCCUCGCGGCGCCCAGUGCCUUCGCUGGGCGACGCACAAACGCCGAUGAGUCGCGUCCGCAGCUUCUACGACUUCUGGUUUGACUUCCAGUCUUGGAGAGACUUCGGCGUCCACGACGAAUACGACUUGAACGAGGCGGAGUGCCGUGAAGAACGAAGGUGGAUGGAGAGGGAAAACUUGAAAAUUCGGAAGAAACACGUGAAGGCAGAGCGCGCCAGGAUCCAGAAGCUCGUUGAAACGGCGUAUUCCGUCGACCCCCGGGUCUUGAUGGAGAAAGAGAGUGCGAAGAAGAAGCGCGAGGAGGAGAAGGCGGCGAGACAGCGAGUAGCUGAGGAGCAGCGACGCCAGAGGGAGGAGGAGGAACUGAGGAAAAAACAAGAAGCGGAAGAGCGAGAGAGACGCGAGAACGAGGCACGAACGCGAGAGUUGCAGGAGCAGCGACGUCAGCGUGAAUGCCACAAGAAGUGGCGGCAACGGACGAGACAGUUCCACGCUUUGUUCUGUCGAGACUCUCACCCCCAGUUUCUCGAUUCGCUGCAGCUUCAAGACUUAUGUCAAAAGCUCGAUCUCCACCAGCUCCGGGACUUGUGCGGCGAGAUCCAGAAAGUUGCAUGUAUCGAGACGCCAUUGGUAGACGAGUCUGGAGAAAGCCCCGCCCCUCUCCCGGAGGGCUUGGGCGAGGCGAGUCCGGAGACAUGUCAGAAGGUGGGCGACAUUUUUGCUCGGCGCAUGCACCAGAUGAAGGAGGCUGAUAGGAUCAAGGAAGAAGAACAAAUGAAGGAGAACGCUCGACGGCAGGCGGAGCGAAAGGCCCAAGAGGAGGCCAAGCGGCUAGCUCGACAGAGUUCCUGGACGCCUGAUGAACUGUCGCUUCUUGCGAAAGGAUUGCAAAAAUUCCCCGGAGGGACUGCGAGACGCUGGAAGCUGAUCGCGGACCUUAUCGGUACGAAAACGCAGGAAGAGGUCGUGGAGAAGACCAAGGAGAUGUCAGAAGGCGCAAGCCUAAAGGCCAUGGGGUCGAAGAUAAGUCAGGUGGCCUUCGACCAGUUUAGGGUCCACAAUCAAGGUGCGUUCAAGAAAAUCGAUGCAGAUCCAGACAGAAAGGAUGUAGGCGAGACGCGACCCCAGACCGCGGCAAGCCCUGCCAAAGAACCACAAGAAACCGCUGAAUCGACGGACUGGACGCCUGCUCAACAGAUGGCACUUGAGAAGGCGCUGGCCAAGCACCCCGCAACAAUGCCCGCGAACGAACGGUGGACUGCCAUUGCGGCUGAAGUGCCCGGGAAGACCAAAAAGGAGUGCGUUGAACGCUUUAGACAGAUUCGGGCGGCGAUUUUGGCAAAGAAGUCCUCGUGAUUCGGCGACGGCUUCAUCCUGUUUUUCAGCGCCGAACCGCUAGUCCCUGCAAAGAAGACCUGCGCGGCGUUUGAACGAGAUUCCAUGACUUCCAGGUUGCAGCGCGGAACAUCACUUACGUCACAAUGCUGAUGAGUAGACUGUUUUAGCAGUCGUGUUCAGCGUGUGUGUGUGCGCGCGCGACUCUUGUGAUGGGAAAACCCAUGGUGAUUUUAUGUUUCUUGGCAACUCAGCUACGAAUCGUUUACUGACUCCAUUUUGUAACAUGAAAGAUCAACGGCGUUGCAAUGCCGAUUUGUAGGCUGUUUCCGUAGUUGUUUGCAGUGUGGCGGCCGUGUGGCGGCAACACUUCUGCUCGUCUCUUAUCCUUCUUCUGGCAACUCGACCGACAAUAUAAUUCACUGUAUAGGUGUGCGACCUACGACGGACUGCCUGCCUCGUGCGGCAGGCGCCACAAACCCC